AUGAAAGCCUUUACUCCUCCACACUCGCCACCUUCAAGCAAGAAGGAGAUCGAGUCUAUCCAGCCUGUGCCCAAGAGUCGACGCAAAUACGAUUUCUCCAUCAAAACACUUCAAGAAUACUCGCACUACCGUCAAGACGACGCUGCUAAACUUCUCGGUGUGGCUCCGAUCACGCUCAAGCGCAUUUGUCAUCGACGCAAGUACCGUUGGCCGUACCGUACCAUCAAGGCCAGGCUCCGUCGCAGCGCUCUCGCUGCCCAGACGAAGAAAACAACUGAAGCUUUAGCCACUCGGAUGACGACACCAUCAUCGCCUUCGCUGGUGGCUCCGGAGCUGCUACUCUCUUUGAGUAAAGAGAGAAAGACGUUCAACUCCUCGCCCACUGCGGUCAGCGAUGUGGCAUCUACGCCAAUGGUUUGCUCUCCAAAGGCUCGAUACCCGUUAACAAGCGAGAUGUUGGGAUCGAAUCAACUUCCUCCGUUGACUUGGGUGCUACAGAGACAUCGAAUGCAACCACUGGUCACUCCGCCUCAGCGUUACCACCCGAUGAACUACAAGAGCUCCUUCUACUCUGCUUCUUUCCCCUCGACAGCCCCCAAGUUCCCAAUCAGGACUAUGCUAGGUUCCAAGAUGCACGAAAUGACGCUGCAACUUCUUCUGGAACGCUCGCAGUCACGCCACCUCCCACACCAGACCAAUCUCUGA